CCCCUGUUGGAGCUGGACUCGACACAUUCCCUGCAUAAUCUGACCCUGCUUCCAGGAUCUGCCUGUUUUGAUUUCCACACAGCUUUGGUUUACACAGAAAUGGCGGGAUCUGUGGGGGCAAAGAGCAUGUGAUGUUUCAGGAAGAGAAGCUCAGAGGGCACGUGCUAACCUCCCCAGCCUUGCAUGACUUUUCAACAAGAAACCCUGAUGGGAAGUGUUGUUUUCCACUAGAGGUUGACAUCCAGAAAUCUUUGCCAGCUUAGUGCAAGGUCCGUGUUACAUCUCAGGAAUUUCUGGAAGAGACAUAUCCAAACUCGCUCACUCUUCCAGAGUCCACUGGACUGACUGCAUCAGAGGGAAAUUCCAUCUCUCGGAAGUCUAAUCCUAACUACAUCUGAGAAGGUCUAUCAGGGCUAAGGUGUCCUCCACGAUGUUCCCGCUGCAAGGUGCCCAGAUGCUGCAGACCCUGGAGAAAUCCCUGAGGAAGAGCCUUCCUGAAUCCAUAAAGGUUUAUGGGACUGUAUUUCACAUGAACCAUGGAAACCCAUUCAACCGAAAGGCUUUAGUAGACAAAUGGCCUGAUUUCAAUACGGUGGUCAUCCGCCCUCAGGAACAGGAUAUGACAGAUGACCUUGAUCAAUACACCAAUACUUACCAAGUCUACUCCAAGGAUCCCCAGAACUGUCAGGAAUUCCUUGGUUCUCCAGAAGUGAUCAAUUGGAAACAGCAUUUGCAGAUUCAGAGUUGCCAGUCCAGCCUGAACGAGGCAAUACAAAAUCUUGCAGCUAAGAAAUCUUUGAAAAUCGAACGCUCAGAGAACAUUCUCUUCAUCGCCGCUGAGACCAUCAAGAAACUAAUCCCUUCCCUGCUGGAUACAAAGACUUUAUCACCUGGUGGUGGCAAGCCCAAGGCCAUCAACCAAGAGAAGUUUAAAAUCUCCUCCCUGGGUAUUCCCCACGCUGCCUUGGUGAAUCAAUUCUGGCAUUUUGGUGGCAAUGAGAGAAGCCAGAAAUUCAUUGAGCGCUGUAUCCGGACCUUCCCGAGCUCCUGUUUGCUGGGGCCUGAGGGGAACCCGGUGUCCUGGACAUUGAUGGACUACACUGGAGAAACGCGAAUGGGAGGUACCCUGCCCGAGUACCGUACCCAGGGCCUCGUCACCUAUGCUGUCUAUAUGCAGGCCCAGGAGAUGGCCAAACGUGGGUUUCCCGUUUAUUCCCACACAGUCAGGACCAACACAGCUAUGCAAAAAAUGAGCUACACCCUGCAACACAUCCCCAUGUCUUGUGCCUGGAACCAGUGGCUCUGUUCGCCGAUGUGAAGCUGGCGCUGAACACAACUCGGUGUUGGGUGGGUCUGGAGUGAAUGGCAGGAAGAAGGAAAGAAUACACCGAACCAGCAGUCAGGGCUCCUGUUUGGGCUCUGCAGAAGGAGUGUGAAGGGUCGACAGGACUUUCCUGUCCCUGGGCUCAAAUCACUCAUGGACUUCCCUUAGGUUCCCCAGAUAGAAGCAGAAAAUGUCGCUGCUGUAUUGAACCCCUGUGAUUUCACACCGCAUCCUUCAUCAGCUACAUGACGUUCCAAAUUACUUUUUCUGGAACUCGCAACGAGUGGGUCGGAAGAUCCUUGAUGAUAUUUUCUGGCCGCUAUGACUUAUUUCUCUUUCUGUUUAUGGCUUUUCCUUCAGCGAUCAGCAAGUGGGCUUUCUUCAUUCGAUCUUUAGAGAGUAGCUUUUCCUCUGUUUGCUGCUUUACAGGUACAUUAAAUAUAUGCCACACAAAUUAUAGGGGCUGUUAGGCUAAACACAAUGUACAUGACAUAGCAAGAAGAAUUGUUAAGAAAAAAAAGACUAAGUCCUUUAACUUGUCCUCUCCCAGCUCCCACCCCAGGAAAAAUGAUCCAAUGUGGCUUCCCAAACCCACUGAAACCAUCAAGUAAUAAAGCGAUUUUUACCCUUGAUUAUACAAGUUUAUGCAAAGUGGUUCAUGAUGGGGAGAGCACAGGAUGAAUGUAGGGAAAGUAGAAGAUGGGAAGGCGGAUCAAGACCCAGGGAGGUGGACAUUUACUGAGAAGAGAUAGGAGGGGAGGGGAAUGGAGGGCAGCACAGAUCCCUGCUAUCUCUCUUGACCUUGGCCCACUACUACAGGAUGGCGGAACUCUAUGAUGUUCAGGUUAAUUGCCUCGUGGGAGAGUUCCCGUGGGUGGCAGCAACAGGAGAGAUAUUCUUCUAGGUUGGGACAGGUUUGCUGAGAGUCUCCUUUCUCACCCCUCAAGAGAAAUAGCACUCCCCCCCACACACAACCACCCACCCCGCACUAGGCAGCAAAGAGAGCUCUGGAAUGAGGGUGAUCACCUGGAUUAAGAACUUAUUCCCUCAGGUAUACCUAAACCCAAAAUUAGUCUUUGACAUUGGAGAUGAAGCCCUUCCCCAGACCUACCCAUCUCCAAAAUAAUGGCUAAGAUUUAAUUUUCUGGACAGUCAAGUUUAGAGCAGGGUUUUUCUGCAUUUGCGCAAUGGACAUUUUGGGCUAUCUAAUAUUUGUUGAUUGUAGGAUGCUAGCUGGAUUCCUGACCUCUACCCACUAGAUGCCAAUAGCAUCCUCCAUCCCCCUUUUGGUCACUGAGAACAUCUAUCUCCACAUAUUGACAAUGUCCCUGGAGGCAAAAUUGCCUCUGGUUGAGAAAAGCUGUUUUAGAGAGUAGUUCCCAAACUUAAGAGUGCAUCGUAACCACCUGGCAUUAUAGCUGGGGGGAGGCGCUGGUGCACACCCAUAGUCCCAGUACUCAGGAAGUUGAGGCAGGAGCCUAAAAGUUCCAGGCUAUCCUCUGCAGAUAGAGAGAUCCAUCCACCAACCCCGUCCCCCCAAAAAACAUUUCUGGGAAGCUUGUUAAAAUGCAGACUGUAGGGACUCAGCCCCAGUUUCUUCUUGGAAAGAACCCCAGAAUUUACAUUUCUAAUGAGUUUCCUGGUGAUGCUGAUGCUGUCAGUCCAGGGACCAUGCUCUGAGAACCACUGGUUUACAAAAAAAAA